CUUUUGCUCAGGAUUGUUAGCUGUAUGUACAGAUGAGUCGUUCUGUUACGUUUGCCAUAGUCUGGACAAGUGUUUUGGCAUCAUUGCCGAUAACCAUUUCACAGCAGUCGUGUUCCUCUGGUCAAUUUAUCUGCACAAAUGGCCAGUGUAUAUCAUCAGAAAAGAGAUGUGAUGGCAAUGAAGACUGCCAUGACAAAUCAGACGAAAACUGCUGUGUGCAAAACAGUAAUUCUGGGAAAGAAUUUGUACUUGCAUUUAUGAGGAACUACAUAGGAAGUCCAACACUCGUGCUCUUUCUCACCUCGUCAAAAGCACUGACGUACAAAGUAGAGGUUCCGGGGCAAGGGGAAAUGAUGACCGGUGCUCUUCAAGCAAAUGAGCUGAAAUCAGUACAGCUACCGCAUACAAUUGCACUAACUUCUGGAAUUGAAGAAAAAGGCAUUUUAGUAACAAGCUCGGAAGAUAUGACAGUCUAUGGCUUAAGUCAAAUUUUGUAUAGUACCGACGCUUUCCUUGCACUUCCAACAGCAGUUCAAGGACACGAAUACGUAAUUUCUUCAUACAUAAUACUGGAGUCAUGGGGCUAUUCUAGCAUUCUCGCUAUUGUAGCCAUUCGGGACGAUACCACCUUAACAAUUCAGUUAUCUUCAACAGCAUCCGACGGAAAGAAAAACUACAAUCAAGGAGAAAAAGCUUCGUAUACACUAAACAGACUGCAAACCCUGCAGCUAACUGGCACUGAUUUGACUGGCACGCUAAUCUAUACCGACCAACCCGUGUCUGUCUUUGGAGGACACGUGUGCGCUAAUGUACCUCUAGGAGUCGGUGCUUGCGAUCAUCUGGCAGAGCAAAUUCCACCUGUGACAACUUUAGGAACUACAUUUGCUACAGCUCCUUUAGCACUUCGCACAGGUGGUGAUCUCUUUCGUUUGGUGGCAGCUAGAGAUGGAACAAGUGUUAAAGUGAAUGGAAUCGUCAAGACGACGCUCAGUUCUGGUCAGUUCUAUGAAAUAGAUGUCCCCAGUACUACAUUUGCGUCUAUAGAAACCGAUGAACCAAUAUUAUUAGUACAGUUUUGUAAAGGAACUAGUGUCGACGGUGUGACGUCGGAUCCAUUCAUGGCAAUGAUUCCACCUAUAGAGCAGUAUCGCCACCGAUAUAUAAUCAGCACACCUCCUGCUUCCCCGGUUGCAUUUACUAACUACCUAAACCUAAUAAUAGAAAAAGCUGAAACAUCUGGAUUGCGGUUAGAUGACCAGCCAUUGCCAUCAGACACUACCUGGCACUCAAUUCCUGGAACAAGCCUAGUGGGUACUUCCACUCCGGUAUCUAUAGGAAGCCAUCGGCUUCACCACGUACGGAGAGCCAAAUUCGGUUUAAUUGCUUAUGGAUAUGCGUCGUGGGACUCGUAUGGCUAUCCUGGUGGCUUACAACUUCAGGGAGAGUGCGUCGUUGAAACUACAGUCACUCAAGAUGUUGAUGAAUGCAUUGAAGAGGUACCAUCUCCUUGUCAACACAUUUGCAUCAACACCGUUGGAUCAUUCCAAUGCGCAUGCAACGACGGCUUCGUUAUUCAACCCGACUUACGCACGUGCGAGCUGUCGAACAAAGAUUGCGAUUGUUCACCUAACGGAAUCUGUCGAAGCGAUGGACCUUGUGUGUGCCUUGCGGGAUGGGCUGGAUCACAAUGCUUAAAACCAGUUUGUACUCUGAAAAACGAUUGUUCAGGACACGGCACGUGCAUAGCACCAAACCUGUGUCAAUGUGCAAGUGGUUGGGCCGGCUCUGCGUGUUCUGUCAACGUUUGUCCACAUUUCUCGUCCUGCUCAUCGUGCACAUCUACGAGUGGUUGUGGUUGGUGUGAGACGCAACAGCGGUGUAUGUCGGGAACAGGAAACGGACCGGAAGACAGUGAUCAGCAGUGUCCUGCUUGGUUCUUCCAUCAUUGUGUUACGAUGGCUUUAGACAAUAUAGCAAAUCCAUUUUCAAGCGAAAUUUACUUCUUAGACUGCAAAGAAACCUGUAACGAUGAAUCUGUGCAGGAUCGUGGAAAUUCUUUACAAGUUCCCGGAUCAGACAGGUGGUGUAACAGAUGGACAAGAGCGUGCACCAACUUCGAGAAAUGUUUCAAUGUCAUUCGGGGAGGACAGUGCACUAAAGACGGUCAGUCAGAGACGUGUGUGGUACCAUCCGAAGACAAAUGCCCAGGAGGAGUACCUCCAAUAGCAGCAGACACCGAGAUUACUGAUUAUGAUUAUGACUACCCAACUGCAUACACAGAUCCAGCUGAAUCCGACUUUAAAGAGAUCACCAUCGACUUUCUAUUUCAUAUUAAAUGUGCCACAUAUCAAAAUCCAAAUGCAUGGGAGAACUAUGGAUGUUAUUGCGUACCCAAACGGUCACUUCAAGUCAGGUCUCUCUCACCCAGAGACCCGGUCGAUUCCACGGACCGUUGCUGUCAGACGAGAACGUCGUGCUACGACAAGGCACCGCCAGACUGCGAUUGUUACAAUACUGUCAGUACUGUCUAUUCAGCAGGAUGCAGCUACUGGGAGAAUGCUCAAGGAUUUUGUAAAGAAAUACUCUUGAGCAGAGAAGGCAGCAAAUGCAAAAAGUUUUGCUGCGAAUGCGACUUCGACGCCGCUCUCUGCGUGGCAGACAAUCUGAAUACAAAGAAUGAUCGGAAGUGGACUGACUGGUUAGACAGCAGAAGAGGUCGAUGCACACAGAACUCUGGAACUGUGCCAGCUUGUCCAGACGGCGCUAUUUGUUCCGGUCACGGUAUCAUCGACGGAAAUGGCAAAGAUUCGUUUUGCUUGUGUUUUCCGGGCUGGCAAGGAACAUGCUGCGAUCAGCCUGAUUGUGGAUGCAAAGGCGAGGGAAUACAAGAUUGCUCGGGAAGAGGAGUUUGCGUGACAAGAUUUGGAGAAUCGCAGCCUCAAUGUUCGUGUCGGCCUCGAUGGCUGGGACAAUGCUGUGACCGCAGGCAAAGGGUUCGGCGUUCCGGUGAUCCUCAUCUUACAACCGUUGAUGGAAUAGAUUUUGACUACUUCGGUAUUGGAGAGUUUUGGGAUUGCAGAAGCCAGGAAAAUGACUUUGGAGUACAAAUACGAUUUUUCAAAUACAAAGCGACAUCGUUUACAGGAGCUGUAGCCAUCAAAACGGGCAACACCUCGACAACUAUUUACACCCUCAAUACAACGACUGGUGCAGACUCGCUUCCUAUAGUGAGAAUUGCUGGUGACCUGCUUACUAAUGAUUGGAAUGCCUAUCCAACUACACACACACUCGCAUCAGGCCAAGUCCAAAUGUACAUUGAGCCUCACAGAUGGAUGGGCUCUAUUGCAACUUACGUCUUUCAGUUCACAAAUGGAGCUUCCUACACGGUUGAGGUUCGAUAUAGCAAUAUGCUGGAACGCCAAUACUUGAAUACAGAAUUUGGUCCAACGGCAUCUUUUAUUGAAAAAACGGAAGGACUAUGUGGUUUCAUGGACGAUGACGAAAUCAAUGAUUUCACUGGUCCAGACGGAAAAGUGUAUACAGAUACAGACGAGUUUGCCAACGCCUGGAGAGUUGAUCAAACAGUAAAGAACAAUGGAGACGUAAUGUGGUCAUGGACAAACUCCAAUUUUCAUCCCGACGACCCACUGGAUUUCUCGUACACUGACCAAAAGCACAACCCUGUCUAUGGCCUUUCUCAGCUGAACGACGAUGUUCGCCAGGAAGCUGAACAACGAUGUGGAGCAAAAGACCUGAGCAAGACUCUAUUGGAAAACUGUGUACUUGACUUUAGUCUUACAAAAGAUGUUACGCUUGUUGAACAACAAGCUUUUCAGCAAGGCAAAUGCCCCAAUGACUGUUCUAAUCACGGGCAGUGCAACAACGGUACGUGUGUCUGUGUCAAGAAUUGGAUGGGCAAAGACUGCAGCGAAGGUGGAUGUAGCAGCUGUCCCUCAAACAGCAGAUGCAACAAUGGAUUCUGUGUUUGUGAUAUCGGUUACUUUGGACCAGAUUGCAUGAAAGCCAUUUGUGAAAAUGUAAACAAUUGUACAAGUCCAUCUCAUGGAACAUGUGUUGCACCAGACGUCUGUAAAUGCCGCCCAGGAUACGACGGAGUUCAUUGCGGUGACAUCACCUUCUGCCCUACCAAUUGUUCUUUUCAUGGCAAAUGCAUUGGAGGUGGUCAAUGCCUUUGUCAUUUUGGUUGGGGAGGAGACACGUGUAAUUCAAAGAAUUGCGAAUCUUUUGGGUUCUGUUCAGGCAAUGGACAAUGCAGCGAGAAUGGAACAUGCAUUUGCAAUGCAGGCUGGCAGGGCAGCGCGUGUAACUUGUUCUCUUGCAACGAUUUAAACGGUUGCCACGAAAAUGGCGAAUGCGUGGGAAGUAAUCGGUGUCAGUGUUAUACUGGCUACUUUGGAAUAGCUUGCAACGAAACAACUGCUUGUCCGGACAUGCGCAAUUGCAGUGAAAACGGUUUCUGUCAGAACGAGACGACGUGUGUGUGCUACAGUAGUUAUUAUGGCAAUUACUGCGACAAGUUCGAGUGCACACAAGGAUGUUCCGGAAGAGGAACAUGUAUUGCUCCCGAUCUUUGUUCAUGCAUUUCGGGCUGGGCGGGUGCAGAUUGUUCAGUCCCAUCAUGUCAAAAGUUUCAUUACUGCUCAGGACAUGGGAAAUGUGUUGGUCUAGACAGCUGCCAAUGUGACGAGGAUUGGACGGGACCUCUCUGCGACAUGGUCUGGUGCAACUCGAACAACAGAACGGGAAAUUGCUCGUCACAUGGAUCAUGUGUAGCACCAGGACAGUGUUCUUGCGAAAACACGCAUUGUGGCAAUGAUUGCCAAUUUGAAGCCGUAGACGAGUGCGCUACAGGAAGCCACGGGUGCGAUCAGCUGUGCACUGAUACUUGUGAAGCGUACGAGUGUAAUUGCGGGAGCGGAUACCGGCUGUUAAACGACAACAGCACAUGUGAAGAUAUUGAUGAGUGCAACACAACAGCAUUCUAUCUAAGACUUAAUAACUGCGAGCAGCUCUGUGACAACUUACCUGGAACAUUUCGGUGCAAUUGCACGGCUGGAUACGUUCUGGGUGAAGACAACGCAUCGUGUAUAGACAUUAACGAAUGCAAUAACCAAUCGCUAUGUGACCAUUUAUGCCAUAACAAGAAAGGAUCUUACAACUGCUCAUGUCGCUUGGGGUACGAACUAGCUGACGAUGGACGAACCUGCAAAGAUAUAGACGAGUGUGUGACAGGUACGCACAACUGCAAAACCUCCGCCGUCUGCUCCAACACAAUAGGUUCUUUCCUAUGUCGACCUCCGGCAGUUACUUACCGAUGGCUAAAGAGUAAGUGGGGCAAGAAUUGCUCGGUCAAUCGAGUGUGCGGUGCUGGAGUUGUCACUCGUACGGUUUCUUGUAUCGAGAGAAACAAGACGACUAAGGCAGACCGACAAGUCGACGACGAAUUCUGCAUUCUCAACGUUCGAAAGAAGCAAAGAGUGCAACGUCGGUGUGGACGUCCAUGCCGCUACGUUUUUGGCAAAUGGUCAACUUGCGCGAGCGACUGCACAAGAAGCCGGCAAAUAAGUUGUGUGAAACUGAUGAAAAACCGACGUAAGCCGGUCAGUGUUCGUCACUGCAAUGCCGACACACACAUUGCGUUGCCGCGUCCUCCUCCGUCACAGGAGAGUUGCAGUGGAGGAUUGUGUAAUCCUGACUCAUAGAAAUAGGAGCUGGCAUGCCAACUAAACAGUUUCUGACUGCUUGUUUUUUUUGCUGUGAUUGUCUGCUUGAGCGACGUUUUCGUCAAACGUUACGAUAGUGAGCUUAGAAUUGGUUGCAUUAUAGACUGACAGCAUCAAGAUGGUGUUGUUUGUAGCCACUGAAGGCCGGUUUACAAUACGAAGCCUCAACAUA